AUGUCCAUCAGUGUGAAUCUGAGGAGGAUCUCCAACCUGCCGGGACGAUCUGACAGAAAGGUCGAACUCAGCUUCCGAGGUUUCACCCACAAAACCAGAGUCCUGCAGUGUGAGAACUUGGCCAUCUUCAACGAGCAUUUCCGUUGGCCUCACUAUGGUAAAGUGAUCCGAGAUGAAGUUUUGUCCAUCAGUGUUUACAACUGCAGUAAAGUCUUCUCUAACAGACUACUCGGGAAGCUGGUUGUCAGUCUCCAGCAUGUUGUCACCGCAGGGAGGCUGUUGCUACGGGAACCACUCACUGAUGCCAACUACAGCCUGACUGAUAUCUAUAUAGAGUUGGAUAUUCGGUAUCAUCCAGUUGAGGGAACAGCAGGAAGUUGGGACGGACUCGACUUCCUGCAAGUUGAAGACAAGGAUGAAUCAUCUCUGGUCAUCAGGAACGAAGCGUUUGGCGACCCUGAGAGUCAGCCGACCGUCACUCGCACAGAUCAGGUGGAGAGAGAGGCUCGGCGUCUGGGGCGGAACCUGGUCCGGACUGGGGAUGAGGACGAAGACGAAGAUGAUGAUGAGGAUUAUGAUGAUGACCUGAUGGAUAUGGAGGCUUCUAACAUCAUCUUCACUCCUUUGCUGAGUCGUUGCAGGCCGCUGUCCAGACAUGUUGUUGCGGCAACACCCAGAGUCCAGAGCUUUCAGGUGAAUGUGAACAUCCUGGAGGCUCAAAAGCUGGUUGGAGUGAACAUCAACCCUGCCGUUUUCAUCAGAGUGGGAAAUCAGAAAAAACACACAGCGACGCAGAAAUCGACCAACUGUCCCUUCUACAAUGAGAACUUCCAGUUUGAGUUUCAGGAGACUCCAGGGAUCCUCUUUGAUAAAGUCAUAGAGAUAAAGGUCAGUUCCACUGUUUUCCUCUUUGUUUGUUUUUCCACAUCUGUUUCUACUGCUGUUUCCAUGGUGAGAGACCUGGGCGUGGCCAAAGUGAACACCUGUUAUGUAACUUCCUCUCAGGUGUUCCACAGGCGGACUCUCGCCUUCCUGAUGACCCACAUCGGAACCUUUAAGAUUGACAUCUCCACUGUGUACAACCAGCCAGACCACCGCUUCUACCAGAAAUGGGCUCCUCUCACCGACCCAGCAGACACCAGGUCAGGGAUCAAGGGUUACGUCAAGGCCAGCCUCAGUGUGAUAAUGAAGGGAGAUGCUAUGAGCAUGCCCAGUCUACAACCGCCGUCCUCGUCUGGAGCCAGUGAAGACAUUGAAAAGUCAGUAAUAUCGUAACAUUAAUCACUACUAUCAUCACAUAAGAU